GCUCCUCCAGGCAGCGGGUCUGUCCCCGCCUGCCCCGGGGAGAGCCAUCGCUGAGGCGGUGUCGGUGUCGGGCAGCGAGGCAGAUGAAGUACAUCCUGGUCACGGGUGGGGUGAUCUCGGGCAUCGGCAAGGGGAUCAUCGCCAGCAGCAUCGGCACCAUUCUCAAGUCCUGCGGGCUGCAUGUCACCUCCAUCAAGAUCGACCCCUACAUCAACAUUGACGCUGGCACCUUCUCCCCAUACGAGCACGGGGAGGUGUUUGUGCUAGAUGAUGGAGGGGAAGUGGACCUAGACCUUGGUAACUAUGAGCGCUUCCUCGAUAUUCGACUCACCAAAGACAACAAUCUGACUACUGGGAAGAUCUACCAAUAUGUCAUCAACAAGGAGAGGAAGGGAGACUAUCUUGGCAAAACUGUCCAAGUUGUUCCUCACAUCACAGAUGCUAUACAAGAAUGGGUAAUGAGGCAGGCACGAAUUCCUGUAGAUGAAGAUGGCAUUGAACCCCAAGUUUGUGUGAUUGAGCUUGGUGGGACAGUAGGCGAUAUUGAAAGCAUGCCUUUUAUUGAAGCUUUCCGCCAGUUCCAGUUCAAAGCCAAAAGAGAGAAUUUUUGUAACAUUCAUGUCAGUCUAGUUCCCCAGCCAAGCUCUACAGGCGAGCAGAAGACUAAACCCACCCAAAACAGUGUUCGUGAACUCAGAGGUCUUGGUCUCUCACCAGAUCUGAUUGUUUGCAGGUGCUCCACUCCAUUGGAUACCUCAGUAAAAGAAAAGAUUUCCAUGUUCUGUCAUGUUGAACCAGAACAGGUCAUCUGUGUUCAUGAUGUCUCUUCUAUCUAUCGGGUUCCUCUGUUGUUAGAGGAGCAGGGAGUUGUUGACUACUUCAGACACAGGCUUGACCUUCCCAUUGAGAGGCAGCCCAGGAGGAUGCUCAUGAAGUGGAAGGAAAUGGCUGACAGGUAUGACCGUCUCCUUGAAACAUGUUCCAUUGCGCUUGUUGGCAAAUACACCAAGUUUUCAGAUUCCUACGCAUCAGUCAUUAAAGCACUGGAGCAUUCUGCACUGGCUAUCAACCACAAACUUGACAUUAAGUAUAUUGACUCUGCUGACUUGGAGCCAGAUACUCUGCAGGAAGAACCUGUCCGAUACCAUGAAGCUUGGCAGAAGCUGUGUGGUGCUGACGGAGUUCUGGUUCCUGGUGGAUUUGGUGUUCGAGGGACAGAAGGCAAAAUUCAAGCUAUUUCCUGGGCAAGAAAACAGAAAAAACCCUUCUUAGGAGUUUGUUUGGGAAUGCAGUUAGCAGUUGUGGAAUUUGCACGCAGUGUUCUUGGUUGGCAAGAUGCUAACUCGACAGAAUUUGACCCCAGAACUGCUCAUCCAGUGGUCAUAGACAUGCCAGAACAUAAUCCCGGGCAAAUGGGUGGGACCAUGAGGCUUGGCAAGAGACGGACGCUCUUCCAAACCAAGAAUUCAGUCAUGAGGAAGCUAUACGGAGAUCAUGAUUUCUUGGAAGAGAGACAUAGACACAGAUUUGAGGUCAAUCCAGAAUUGAAGAAGUGUUUCGAAGAGCAAGGUUUGAAGUUUGUAGGCCAGGAUGAGGAGGGAGAGCGAAUGGAAGUAGUUGAGUUGGAAGACCAUCCUUUCUUCGUUGGUGUUCAGUACCACCCUGAAUUCCUCUCUAGACCAAUUAAGCCAUCUCCCCCAUACUUCGGCCUCCUCCUGGCAUCUGCAGGAAGACUCACACAUUAUCUACAAAAGGGCUGCAGGCUCUCACCCAGAGACACCUACAGUGACAGAAGUGGCAGCAGCUCGCCUGACUUGGAGAUAACAGAGCUGAAGUUUCCAUCAGUAAAUCAUGACUGAUUCCUGAUGUGUCUUCGCUGAAGAGAAGAGUCUUCAUUAGAUUUUCCAGGCAUUCUUAUAGCAAUAGCUUGAACACUGUCAGCUUUGGGCUUUCUUAAGUUAUGGUUUUAUAAUUUUUGUUAUGAAAUCAUGUCCCUUUUAUUUCCUCAACUCUUCUGUCCUUGGUUUAUCUUCUGCGUAGAUUGCUUAUUUCCGGAGGAGAGCUCAUCACAGCACAUGCACCUCUAGACUUUCUUCAGUUAGCACCAUCUUGGAGAUAAAAAGCAAAUUUGGGUAUGGGAUUUGAUGUGUUGGGGAGAAUCCAGCUACACACUUCCUUCCUAAUGCAUGGUAACGCUGGCAUGAGUUUAUAUCUUGGACACUGACAGUUCAGUUGCUUUCUCCAGCCUUUCUGCUCCCUCAGCAGUCUUUGUUACUAGUGAAAUUGUGUGGAUGAGACUAGAUUUUGGGGGCUUGCUCAGUUCUUUGAGCUGUGCUGUGCUGCGCUGCAGAG